AUAUAACAACCAUGCCUUUAGGAUCCAAUCUUGCUGAUAUUGCUCACAAGUCCAUGGUACUUUUCCUUGCUGGAACAACUCUUUAUUAUGUCACCAACAUUAGUAUUAUGGUCAAGCAUCGUAUGGAUUUGAAAAAGGAAGGUCGUUUAGAAGAAGAAUUGGCCCGAAUGAGUGCUAUUGCUUUUGGAAAGGAAAAGACCUCAGAUCAACCUACAACUUCUUCUACUUGAUAAAUGAUCAAACCUUUUUAUCAAUUAGAACUCUCUUCCAUUCAUUCAUACAUAGUCAUAUUCUAGUUUUAUAUAUUUCAUUAUACAUCUUUCUUUUUUCCAAAAAAAAUAAUAAUAAAAGCUCUCUCGUCUUCUUCUUUUUAUUCUAUUUAAAC